UCAUCGGAGGCGGUAGUACUGGGUGUUGGCGGCGUUGCACAACAGACCUGUCAUCCCAUCCACACACAACGAUUGAUUCAACGACGCCCAUAUCACUGCACCGAUGAUUGAGUGAAGGGCUGCUCGCCUGCCUCGCUGGCUGGCUGGCUGGCUGGCUGUACGCCCCACCCACCCCGAUGACCGGCCACCGACCUGCGAAUUGGUAUGAGACUUUGAUGUCGAUGUCUCUGUGGUUCUUGCUGCUCUUGCGCGUGGCGAUCAUGCCCUCGACCACAUCUACACAUACGUAGCGUGGGUUGCAACCGUACCACACACACACCACACACCACACACCACACAGACGCACAGACGCACAGACGCACAGAUGCACAGACGCACAGACGCACAGAAAGAGAGAGAGCGCCUGUGUGUCUGAUCCACAGCCCUGGCUGGUGGUGUUGGUUUCUCUCUGACCUCCCUUGUUGCAGACGAGUACGUCCUUCAUGUAGAAAACCGUCUGCUUCCAGUGCGUGUACCGCCCGUGCGGCCCUGCACGCCAUGCCAUGCGCCACACCCACAUAGACGGACACACGAGGGAGGCCGCAUUCAGUCGUUGUGCGUGUGUGUGCGCGUGAGUGAGUGUGCGCCAAGUAAGUGCACCAGUGGUGAAGGACACAGGCUUGUGGCAGCAGCUGAAGCACACGUCAAACCACGCUAUCUGCACACACACACACACACAGAGAUAGCGUGGCCGCCUGUGCUAUAGGGAGGGGAUGAAUGUCUGGUGUGUUAAGUCGAUGGCAUACGAAUGCGUGGAGGAAGUCCUUUCGCUUGAGCGUGAUGCGGUAUGGGGCGCAGAAGUCCAAAUCCUCCUUGGUGCACGUCUUAAGAUCCAAUUCCUGCAAACAAACACACCACACAGCACUCCAUCCAUCCAUCCGCACAGAGCCCACUAACUCAUACCUACCAGCACACAGCAGCUUGUCGUGGCCACUGCUUGCUCCUCGACGCAAUCCUGAACAAACAAACAAACAAACAGACAGACAGACAAACAGACAGUGCAGAGCAGUGUAGUGCAUGUGAGCUUCAAUAUCUGAGUGAGUGAGUGGGUGGGUGGGUGGCUGACCACGAUGGGUUCCUCCAUGACGCACCGCUGCAGCACCGAGAAGUCGAACGAAUACACAUUCGACCACCAGCCGACCUUCUCCUCCUGAUGAUGUGAUCACAUCACAUCCAUACCAUCAUCAAUUCAUCAGUCGACAGACAGACAGACAGACAGGUAGAUGCACACAACAAACGCAGCCAGUCACCACAUCAUGUCGGUGUGUCAAGUGUGUCUGUCUGUCUUGUCUGCUCCCCCGGCCGCCCGUCUGCCUGCCUAUCUAUCCACCUUGUAGUCGCCAUCUUCGAUGGCGGCGAUGUGGAUCGACGCCCUGUCGGGAAAUAUCAAACCGUCCUCCUUCAACCACUGACCACACACACACACAGACAGCCGUCCUUGCUGGAUGGCUGGCUGGCUGGCUGGGUUAGACUGACUUUGUCUCUGCAGAAGAGUACGGUGUCGAGCAUGGACUCGUAGAGGAGGAAGUAGCCCAUCCACUCGGAUAUGAUGAUGUCCACCUUGGCCACGGGCAGCUCGAUCUCCUCGGCCUUGCCGUGCACAUAAGUUAUCCUCUCGCCCAGCCCGUUGCUCGCAGCCACCUUGCGGGCUAUCUCGACGAUCUCGGAGCACUCGAUGCCGUAGACGUGGGCCGCCCCGGCCUUGGCGGCGAACAUGCACAAAAUGCCGGUGCCGGAUCCCACAUCGAGGACCGUCUUGCCCUCGAACAGAUGCCGGUUCUGCAGGAUGGCCUUCUGGUAUGACCCCGUGCGCACGCUGUCCUUGAGCAUCUCCUCGUGGAUACCGAAAUGCGCGUAAGAAUUGAAGUACUGCAGGCAGGAAACAACCACACCACACGUGUGCAUGUGUAUCAGGGGAGCAUGUCUGUUGUGUGUGUGUGUGUGUUGCUCUCCCUCCCUCCCUGGCUCACGUAGUCAGCGGACGAGAGGUUUUCCUGCUCGAGUGACUGCCACUGUCCGGCGAAGGCCUUGAUGUCCUCCGGCGAUGCUGUAGGCGGUGAGUGGGCGGGGUGGGAGGGGUGGGAAUGGGACGAUGAAGACGUCGUGGGCACCCACCGCUGCUGGUGCUGCUGGUGCUGCUGCUGGUGAUGGCUGGGAGGAGGGGGAGGGCCGCCUGGCGGGUGGCCAGAUCUCCCGCCUUGCUGCAUUCCGGGGUGUGAAUUCAUGCUCCCUUGCUGCUUCAU